AUGAGUGAAUGUUUGAAAUAUCAGAAACCAGAUAAUAAAUCCAUGGAAUAUGCAAUUAUUUCGCACAAUAUUGAUUUUAUAUCAUUCUUGAUGAAUGAGUACAAUCUAAGGACUAGUUUAACUGAAUGUGGAUGGUAUAAUUAUCUUGAUGCAUUUUUAGUUUAUUUUGAUCAAACUAAUGAUUUAAACAGAUGCUUUAUUCAUUCCGUUAUAUUCAAUCUUCCAUCUUUUUAUGAAUAUUUUCUUUCAAUUGGUGCAAAUAUCAAUGGAAAGAUGAAGAUAGAUCAACGGCUCAUCAUAUUGCAGCAAUUCAUAAUUGUAAAGAAGAAAUUAAUUAUAAUAUUUCCCAUGAUGCAAAUAUAA